GAGAAAGUUUGCUAGAAAGGCUAGGUCAGUGAACCUAGCUAGAUAUUCCUCUUAACAAAGAAGGGCUAACCUUUUGGAGCCAGAGUAAUUAGGAAUCGAGCGAAACAUAAUCAUACGAGCAGACAGUUGAUAGGCUACACAAGGCAGGUUGAGUCACCUACAGUGAACUUUAUAUAGUUAGGGAUAUGUUCUCAUUCAUACUAUAUAAACUUUGUGAUCAUAUGUAAUGUCCUUGUCAGAAAGGAUAUAAAAGGGAAAAUGUUACAGUAAUCUAUCAUCCUUACUUUUCGUAAUGCGUCUGCUAGCUCGCUAGUGUUCCUAACAAGGCUUAUGCUUUAAGCGAUGUCGUGAAGUUGCCAUCUCAUUGAGUGGUAACACUCUGGCAGUCUCAGGGAAAUCAAGCUGUCCUCUAAUGUUUAUAGCUCUUUGCAUGUGAAUAUCAUCAUCAUCAUGGAUUCGGAGAACUGAACAUGGGAAAUGAGAUGGGCAACAGCAACGUAUCAGGGCUGCAAGAAGAAAACAAGACAGCGGAAACUGCCGAAAAUUCUUUGCAAGAAGCUGGUUUUGCAGACAAUGUAAAAGAAGAAAAUCAUAUAGUUCCUGCAGUUGAAGACAAAGAUUUUCAUGAAAAAGUUGCAGGGUUGGCAUCUGGUGAAGGAAAUCAAAUAGUUCCUGCUGUUGAAGACACAAAUUUUCAUGAAAAAAUUACAGGGUUGGCAUCUGGUGAAGGAAAUCAAAUAGUUCCUGCUGUUGAAGACACAAAUUUUCAUGAAAAAAUUACAGGGUUGGCAUCUGGUGAAGGAAAUCAAAUAGUUGCUGCUGUUGAAGACACAAAUUUUCAUGAAAAAGUUGCAGGGUUGACAUCUGGUGAAAGAAAUCAAAUAGUUCCUGCAGUUGAAGACACAAAUUUUCAUGAAAAAGUUACAGGGUUGGCAUCUGGUGAAGGAAAUCAAAUAGUUCAUGCAGUUGAAGACACAAAUUUUCAUGAAAAAAUUACAGGGUUGGCAUCUGGUGAAGGAAAUCAAAUUCCUGCAGUUGAAGACAUGAAUUUUCAUGAAAAAGUUACAGGGUUGGCAUCUGAUGAAGGAAAUCAAACAGGUCCUGCAAUUGAAGAUAAAGAUGUUCACGAAAAAGUUACAUGGUUGGUAUCUGAUGAUCGACAUGAAGCUGGAGAUCCUUGCAUUGAUCCUCAGACAUCAGAUGGAAUAGAGCAAAAUGACUCUAAGAUUCAGCCUCCUCCUGGAUCUCCACAAGUUGUCAUACAAUCAAAAGAUGGGAAUACAGAUAGCAGAAUCCAGCCAGCUUCUCUGUCUGCAGAUGACGAGAAUGAUGAAACACUGAUUGAGUCAAAUUUGGAAGAUAAACUGUUGGAAACAAGUGAGAAGCCAAUUGAAAGGCAGACUUCAAGUGAAAAAGAAACUGAAACAGAGAGAGAAGAGACAACAAGUUCAAGUUGUACCAAUUCUGCACCAAACAGUCCAGAACAUCUAGGAUAUGUAGAACCAGAUUUUGAUCAACAUGAAUUGGAUAAAAUUCAUGCUGACCCAUCCAUUGAGAACCACAGCGAGACAAUGCAAGGGAGCAAGGAAAUUCUAGGAGUGAGUUUAUCCUGUGACAGUGGGGAGAAGGGUCAGUCAGAUGCUGAAAUAGCACACACUCUAGCUGAAAGUGUUGGAUCUGAUACCAAUCCAGCAAUAGGAAAGAGAAGGGAAGAAAUGGCCUCUACAGAAGAGCAAGUGUCUGAUACAAGCAUACUUGAAGAGAAGGCUGAAAUUCGAGAUGGAGAUGAGGUCCCCAAUGGCUUGAGCAAAACCUCAAGUGGUUCAGGGAACAACAGUGAUGAGGGGUUACCCAUGGAGAUGAAUUUAAUUAGGAAUGGUUCCUUGGAUAUACAGCAAGAAGCCAUGGGGAACAAAGGUGAUGGAGGGUUACCUGUGGAGAUGAAUUUAAUUCAGAACGGUUUCUCGGAUUUACAGUCAGAGGCCAUCCCACUGACUGAUUCACUGGACUCCUUUCAGGAAGUUGCAAAGCCUGAAGAUAAGUGUGUGGUUCUUACUGAGGACACAAAAUUGAUUGGGCUUGGAUUAGAAAAUAAAGACGACACGCAUGAUCUUUGCCCAACUCAGUUUUGUGAGGAGUUGCUGAAUGAAUCUAAAACUAACAAGUCAGACUCUUCUCAUUCUGAUCACGAGAACGAUGGAAAGGAGGGCGUUAUGGAUACUUCUUGCAAUUCUGCAGUGGACAAGGACUUCCAAGUUGAGGAGGCAAAGCUACUCGAGAAUGCUUACAAAGUUCAUUUAUGUGAUAGCAGCCCAAAUUCAACCUUGGAGGAACUCUGCAAGAAUCCAGAAGAAGGAACUGCCAAGCUCUCUAAAAUAGAUACUGUUUCAACAGAAUUCUUUGUCACUGACUUCAACCAUGAAGGAGAGGAGCCAACAGAGAAGAACAUGGUGGAAGAAAUACUGGAGAAAGCAGAAUAUUCAUAUGCAGUGGGAAAUGAUAUAGAAGAAAGAAAAACAACAGAAGAGAGUGAUUUCCAAUCACAUCCAAUUGACGAGGCAGGAAGUUUGCUUCCACCACCUCCAGCAGCAUUCCCUCUGCAGUCUCAAGAGCACGAACCAGCCACAGUCAUGGGGUAUGAGAGUUUAGAGAGCAGGGACCAUUCUUCAUUGGAGCUCCAACAACAUGGUAGUGGUGAGUUCUCCCUUAUCAAAGCUUCCAAUUUGGAUGCCUCAGACUUGACUACGGAAACUUUAGUCUUUGCAGUUGAAUUGACAAAUAAGAAACCUGGCCAAGAGCUUCCACAGAGUCCCAAAACAACUUCAAUGGCAGUUGCACAAUUCGAAACAGCAGGCCAGUCCAAUGAACAAUUUGGGAAAGAUGAAACACCCGCAUUCCCAAGUGGUGGUUAUGAAGCACAAGAAGGUGUGGGGAGGGUCAGCACUGAAUCAAGCCCUGAAAGCUUGGCCAUUCAAGCUGGGAUACGAAAAUCUCCAAGUUUCCAUUUUGAGCUCCUAGCUGAAGGUAGCACUGAAGAAUCUGAUCAAACUCCUCUACUGUAUCACGAUAAGACUGUAACUGGAACCUUAUCAAGGGGGGUUGAUGUUAAUUUUAGAAAUCCAGUUGGAGAAUAUGGUCCAGACUCGGUACAGUAUCAGGCCAUGCCAGUGGAAGAGGAUUCAUUAAAGUUGGAGAAAAGUGACUCUGAGAAGUCAAGGACUCCAUUUCUAAGCUUCUUGAAAGAAGAGGAAGAAGCCUGUUUGGUUGUUUCACAGCAAAACCAAGCUACUGUUGUUGCUGAAAAGAAGGCAGCCGAGGAAGUCUGGAAUUCAACAUCUCCCAAAAGAAGAACGAAGCGCAGGUCCAGGUCUUCCCUCUUCAGCAACUGCAUAUGUUGUGCUACUGCAAUUAGUUAAACAUAUUAUGAAACUACUAAUUUCCCAAGUUUCAUUUCUUCUUGUUUUGGUUGGAUUUUCUCUCUAAUUUUAAGUUUUCUGAAAUGGAGUUUUGAUCAGGAGAGAGAAUGCUGAUUGGUUUAUACCAAAAAAAAAAAGAGUUGAGUAUAACUUUGCAACUGUGACUACCCAUUGUUUGUAUUCUUUUGCUUGGUUUAUCUCAUUGUGCCUUAAGACUUCAUUUUUUUCUUGAUGUAAGUUUCUUGACUCAAAAUCUAUGUGUAAUUCUUGGGUUUUAUUUGUUUGUCUCAAGAGGAAUUUGUAAGGCGUGGAGGGGGAGGGAAUUGUAAUGUAAGCAGCUCAGCUGCUUUUGAUUAUAAUAUUUGUUUAUUUUUUUAUUAUA